AUGGACGCCAUCUCCUGCCUGGCGCCGCCGCCGCCCGCGCUGCUGGCGACCUCCUACACGGACGCCGCCAUCGCGCGGGCGCUCCACUUCUCCUCUACUACCAUGUCGCCCGACUCCUCCGCCUCCGCCUCUUCCUCCUCCCUCAACCACCACCAGCACUCGCCCCUUCUCAGCGCCCUCGCCGACCUCCCGUCGCCCUACUACGCGCCGCCACCGGUGCCGCCGCCGCACGCCGUGGCUGCCACCUGCUGCGACUCCGUGCUGGUGGCCGACUCGCCUCGCCGCCGGUCCUCGCCGACGGCGGGAGCGCGCGCGGGGAAGCGCCGGUCGCGGGCGUCCAAGCGCGCGCCCACCACCUACAUCAGCACCGACCCCGCCAACUUCCGCCUCAUGGUGCAGCAGAUCACCGGCGUGCAGGCGGACGCAGCGUCGGCCGGCGGUGACGUGGCCGGGGUGGAGGUGAUGAUGCUCCAGGUCCAGGCGUCCGCGGCGCUCGACGCGGCGGCGCUGCUCGGCGCCGCCGCCGCCGGGAACCCGCAGCUGCUGCCGGCCGGCGACGAGGCGUCAGCGCUUCGUCAACACCAGCUCCAGCAGCAGCAGCCGUGCUUCCCCACGCUGGACUCGUGGAACGUCGUCAUGUACGAGACCAACAGCGCCGAGAUGCUGUGA